ACAGCAUCGACAGCCCGAGGCAGGCGUCCGGCGGUCAAGGCAUGGAGAACUACAACAUAUACGACGAGAUCGGGCGCGGACAGCACUCGAACGUAUACAAGGCGCGGCGGAAGCGCAGCAUUGAGUACGUCGCGGUGAAAAGCACGGCCAAGGACCGGAUGGCCAAGAUCCUGAACGAAGUGCAGUUUCUGCACAAGUUCAAUAGCCCGUACGUGCUCAAGUUUCACAACUGGUACGAGUCGACAAACCACAUCUGGAUCAUCUUUGAGUUCUGCAUUGGCGGCGAUCUCUUGAACCUCAUCACACAAGACAAGACGCUCCCCGAAGAGUCUGUCCGAAGCUUUGGACACGACAUGUUGAUGGGGUUGCUGUAUCUGCACACGAAUGGUGUGAUAUACUGUGACUUGAAGCCCGCCAAUGUCUUGAUUGACGAGUACGGCUGUCUGAAACUCUCGGACUUUGGCUUGGCGCGCAAGAUACCAACGGAAGAAAGUAUUCAAAAGGUUUCCACAUCCAUCUCGAACAAAUUAGCUCAACCAAUGUCAUCGCCAUGCAUCACCAGGAGAACCAAACCCCCGGGUCACCGCAUUACAUGGCCCCCGAGCUCUUUGAUCCACAUCCAGUGCACAGUUUUGCGUCCGACUUUUGGGCACUCGGUUGCGUGUUGUACGAACUCUUCACGGGGACACAGCCGUUUUCCAGCCUCGGCUUUGUCGACCUUCGGAGCAUGAUUCAAACGGAACCCGUGCAACUCCCGCCAAACGGCAUAAACAUGUCAGCUGAUUUCGCCGACUUGCUCCGCCGCUUGCUCGAGAAGGACCCAGCCGACCGCAUCACGUGGCAUGACAUUCUGUGCCAUCCGUUCUGGGGUGAUCAGGCAUCUCGUGCGACGCCUCCAUCGUUUCCGCCGCAAGAAUUGUUUGCUAAGCUGUACCCUAUGGCCCAUUCCCCUACUCGACCCCAAACGAGUCCAACCACCAAUUUCGAUCCAUCGCCUAUCGACAAGCGAUCGUCUACUGAAUCGCAUGACAGCACCAGCACAUGCUCCAACGAGGACGACGCAGUGGUCCCAAUGCGACCGGUCACUGCACCUGAGGCCCACCAACCUACUCCUCCGAACAACGAAGUUGACAUGUUGCAACUGGACGAGCCUCGUCACCAUGUCGCCAGACUCCCACCCAAGACGGCGCCAGUUCAAUCCAAACGGCGCGGUCCAAAGCCGUCCAAGUCAUCGCUCCAUGCGCUGAAACACGCCAAAGCUAGGAUAUUCACGACGCUGGAUGGCUCCGUCAAGCCGAUCGUGGCAUGCACGUCGAUCGAGUCGGUGGCUGUCCCGCGUAUCAAAGAGUCGAUGCUGCCGUUCCCCAUCGUGCCCGUCGAAUCCCUCACGACACAAAAGGACAUUGAGGCCAAACUGGAGCAGCUGUACAACUACCUUCGUGGCAACGACGCCACUGUCGCUGAAAAGCACAACGCCUUGGCGUACCUGUAUGCUAUGGCCACGUCGUCCAAGUUUGCCAACAUCAUUGUCAACUCGUCCCUCAUGACGUUGCUGGGGAAAUUGCUUGAGCAAUCUACGUCAUCCGCGCUGUCAUCUCGACUGGGGCUCGUCCUGGGCUACGUUGUCCGGUUCGCCACAUUCAUCGCCCCCGACGUCGUCAGCGACUCGACACCAGGCGCCAUCCUGCCCAUCUUGAUUCAAACGUUGCAAGUCGAGCAUGACAACGUCCAAGUCACGAGGCGAGUCAUGGCGUGUGUGGGGGAGCUGGCAUUUUACACUAUCACGCAAGCACCGACGCGGCCGUUGAAUCCUCCGACCGUCCAAUGUCUGGUGCGAGGCAUUCAGGACAUUGACGCCAUCGUGCGACACUACGCUGUGCAGACGCUAUGCAACAUCCUGACGCACGCCACCGACUCGGAUGUCGUGGCCCCAUUUGUCACCCCCGCCGUCGCGUACGCUCUGAUGGACCGAAGCCUGCGCGAGCCAGCAACUCAGCAACCUCUUCAAGUUGCCGCCAUCCAAACGAUGGCUCAAGUCCUCAAACACGCAAGUGCGCCUUCGUUGGACGGGUCGACUGUGGUUGAUACGAUCUUUUUGCACGUGGCACGUAACAUGUCAAUUGCAUGGGACCACUUGUGGCUCGCACAACGAGACUAUCGGUGGAUGAUUGCAGCACUCAACGUGUUGAAUGCGACGCUGCAGCACACGGCGCAAGACUUGUCCACCGACAUCCCGAAGGGGGAGUUUAUGUCUACAAUCUGCAACCUUCGGUCGCUGGAAACCCUUGGCCAUGCGCUUGAGAGUCGUGAGUUUGAAGAAGACGAGUCGGGUCACAUCCACGCGACGGGGCGCUUCAAGGAUGGCGAUGUGAAGCUCACGAACCUCGUGCAUGGGAAGCUCCUCCUGUUUCUGUACUUUGGCUUGCAAGCCAGUCGUGAGUUCGCCGUCCUGUUUGUCCAGUCCAAUCUUCUCAAGGUCGUCGAUGCGUUGUUGGUGCACGACGCAGCGCCGUCGUCGGCCACGAGCAUCUAUGCGUUGCAGUCCGCUCAGCAAGUCGUGGCGCUGAGUUCUCGGAUUGCGCUGGAAGUAACCAUGUCACUCGGGGACGACCGGGUGGCCUUGGAUGUGCUUCCACUAUUUGAGGGCUUGGUCAGUCAACUGCUCCACCACCCACAAUGCCGCCAAGUUUUCGUCGGGAUUUUGCUUGACAACGUCAACCAAGAAAACGAAUGUUUUGCCGUGGGACUGGCCAACGCGAUCCAAGCCACCACGGAGGCCGCCGUGAAAAUCCUCCUGCUCGUGUUUUCCAAACAUGACAUUGUGAGCGAUGCAGACAUGGCGAACCAAAUUUGGUUUCAAACGGCGCUCUUUCAGCUGGCGGCAGUGCUGACAUCGACCGGCGUCACGAGUUCGGACGUGGUGGCCGACGCGAUUCGUGUCGUGAACUGCGCCCUUGACGUGUUUUCACCCGCGCCGUACGUGGAUGAGUAUAUCGUGCACCACUUGCUCCCAACAUUUCACGUGCUGCUGCACGCGUCGACGAACGAUCGUGUCCGCCGAUGUGCAGUGGAAUUCUUGUACAACGUUGUCCACCAUGACGUCGCGUUUGUCAGUAUUUUGUAUCGGCUCAAAUUGAUCGACCCGAUUUUGCACCUCUUGGUUCACACGAUGUGCGCCAGCACGACGAAGCUGCUCCUCCUCGUGGUGCAAUCGAACGAAGUGCCUGUGCGCCAGGUGUACGAGAUGGGACUGCCACUCUUGCUUACGAAUGCUGUGCUUGCCGAUGACAAUCACGCGUUGGUUGGGCCGAUAGGCGACCUGCUCGAGCUCAUGUAUGCCCUUCUGUACGACCAUUUGGCGCAACUGCGAUCGAGAGUGGCGUCGGACCUUUCGAAUACCGCAUUGUUUGCCCAGCAUCAUCCUGAGUUUGUCCGGUGCGUGCCACGACUUGCCGUCCUGUGCGCGACCAAGCGUUGUCCCGACGACAACGACGAUGCGCCCGCAUGUGCUGACAAAGCAUCUCGUUGUCUGUCGAUUCUUUGUCAGUUGUUUGGCGACUUGGCUUUCAAGGAACUCUUCCCCCGCGAAGGAAUGCCGUCGUUGUCACCGCUUCGCUCGCUCAUGGACGCCGUGACGGACACGUCGAAUCCUUCGACUCGACUACGAUGCCUCCAAGGGCUAAAGUCUGCAUUGGCAUCACAGAGACACCCGCCCAAGCUACCUGUCUCGCUUCGUCAAGCCCUCCAAGCUCUCGCUACAUUACCCAGCACAAGCAACGACGACCGCACCACGGCUUCGUUAGCUCUGCAAAUAUGCCACAUGACGGAAUAGCACAUGCCUUUCC